AUGGUGCUUUUCAAAUCUUUCACUUUUCUGAAUUUACUCUUUCCUUACCUAUAUCUAGGAAAAGCUACUGGCUCUAAUGUAUUUUUGCAGUGGGCUCAACACUACGCUGAUAGUUUACAGAAAAGUUCCUGCUGGGUUUGUGGCCUCUUGCCGUUAUCCAGCACCUCAGGCCUCCCGUGGUGGGUUUCUCCUUUACAAGGCACAGACUGGCAUUACUUACACCAAUAUAUAAAAGAUAUGGUUUUCCAUCCCAAUUCAAGCAUAUAUAGGGACAUCUCUAUCACUAACAAAGAUGUUUCUUGUUGGCCUAUGGUAAAUACUACCUGGAAUUCUCCAGGCCAUAAAAGACAUUUUUCCUACCCCCAGACCACCAAAAUCAUGACUGAAUAUGCCAACUCUAAGAUUGAAAGUAAAGCAUUGUGGGGAACAACUAAGCCUGAUAAUAUGAGAAUUACUCAGGAUGGUUAUUUUCAAGUAUGGGAUGAAUUUAUGUGGCUUACUCCUACCAUAGGCCAGUUAAACCAGAAAGCUCUUUUAUGUUGGGAGCAAAGAAAUCAUACCUAUGAUGCCUGGCCUAAUAGCACCCGUAAAUUAGGAUGGCUCUCCCCAGGAGCUUGUACCCAUAUCAUAAUUUUACAAGCAACUGAUUGGUUUGCUACUGAUUGGAUAAGACGACCAGGCAUCAGAUGGUUAGCACCCAAUGGAACUCAAUGGCUAUGUGGCACAAAUUUGUGGCCUUGGCUACCCCCUGGAUGGAUAGGGCGCUGUACCCUGGGCUUUCCCUGGAUGCAAGGGACAUUGCGUAAUAAAUUACCAACGCCUGCAAAUUAUCCCUAUCUACUCCAUCGCUGGACACGGUCAGUCUUCCACUGGUAUGACCACCUAUUAGGUAUUUUACUGCCCCAACUGGGAAUGGAAGACAUAAUCUGGCACGUAGAGGCCCUUACAAACUAUACCACACGCGCCCUUAAUGACAGUAUGCAUGCAAUCAGCCUGUUAAAUUCUGAAGUUGCAUUAAUGAGAAUGGCUGUAUUACAAAAUAGGAUGGCCUUAGACGUAAUAACAGCAGCUCAAGGAGGAACCUGUGCUAUCAUUAAGUCUGAAUGUUGUGUAUAUAUCCCAGAUAACUCAGCUAAUGUAUCUAAACUUUUAUCAGACAUGCACGUCCAAAUUGAAGGAAUGUCUGACACCUCUAGUUCCCUCAAUGAUUGGAUUUCAUCCUGGUUUAGUGGAAAUGGAUGGUCUUGGUGGAAAAAACUUCUUUUACUUGCAGUAACAGUAGUUCUGCUAGGGCUCUUUCUUUGCUGUGGGAGCUACUGUUGUUGCAUUCUCUGCAUGAAUAUGUCAGAAAAAUUAACAGAACGGAUAUUCUCUAGGAGGCGUUCUAUUAUCAUAAGGCCUCAUGAACAUCUCUGA